GUCUUGCCAAGCAAUGAGGCAACUGCAUCCUGAAGCCAUUGCGUCAAUGCAGAGCAAAGUGUUAUUCAGCAAAGCGGAGGAACAGCUGCUAAGCAAAGUGGGAUCGACCAGUCAGCCUACUUUAGAUACAUUCCAGGACCUGCUGCACAAACACCCAGAGGUUUUCUACCCUUCCCGCACUGCCAAAGUCUUGCAGACCCAUUGGCAGCUCAUGAAGCAGUACUACCUCCUGGACGAUCAAACAGUGCAGCCAUUGCCCAAAGGAGACCAAGUGCUCAAUUUCUCAGAUGCUGAAGACAUGAUAGACGACAGCAAGCUGAAGGAUGUACCAGAUGAAGUGUUGGAACACGAACUGACCGUGGCGGACCGGAGGCAGAAGCGUGAGAUUCGGCAGCUGGAGCAAGAGCUGCACAAAUGGCAAGUGCUGGUGGACAGUAUAACAGGAAUGAGCUCCCCUGAUUUUGAUAACCAGACCUUGGCUGUGCUGCGUGGACGGAUGGUACGCUACCUCAUGCGCUCCCGGGAGAUCACGCUUGGCAGAGCCACCAAAGACAAUCAGAUUGAUGUAGAUCUGGCACUGGAAGGCCCUGCUUGGAAAAUCUCCCGCAAACAAGGUGUCAUCAAGCUGAAGAACAACGGGGACUUUUUCCUGGCAAACGAAGGCCGACGACCCAUUUAUGUUGACGGGCGGCCAGUACUUUGUGGCAGCAAGUGGAAACUCAGCAAUAACUCUGUGGUUGAGAUUGCCAGCUUGCGCUUUGUUUUCCUCAUCAACCAAGAUUUGAUUGCUCUUAUCAAGGCAGAAGCUGCCAAAAUUGCCCAGCCCUGAGGCUUUGAUCAACCCAAAGGACCCCACUCCUUCCUCCAGCGGGAACUGCUAUUUUCUUUGCUGCUUAUGCAGCUUCCUCCAGUUUGCCUCCUUUGAGGCUAGGACACAAAGCAAUCCUGGGCCUUUUAGCAUAGAGGAACUCUUGUUUCGUGCGUGCACACACUCAACCACUGGAAAGAGAAGGGGGGUGGGUGGGGAUAAGAGACUUGGGCUUAAAACAGAGCCCUUUGGCUAACUGGAGCCCUUUGCUGAGUACCCUGGCUUGUGCGAGAAACGGCUUACUGCUUCUAUUGACUAUUGCGCUUGACUCUGUUUGGGACAGAGUGACGAGAUUUUUCAGGAGUGGAUGUGGGGAGAGCCAAUGUCAAGCUAACAUAAUAGUUAUCAGUCCUCUCAUCGGCACUGUGUUAGUCUCCUUUCUAGAUGUUAGUUUUUCAGGUAUUGUCCACUAGAAUCUCAGUUCCUUGUGUAUGAAAGAAAAAGAAUGAUUUAUUCCAAAUAAGGU